CGCUCCCACCGCAAGCCUCCCUCGCCCCAUUCCAUAUCCUCUCCUCGCCCGCCGCCGCCGCCAAGAUCUUCCGACGAGCCCCCCCGGUCUCUCCUCCCUCUCGACGUACCACUGUACCAGCUCCUCCUCGCGACGCCCCACCGGACCAUAUCCUCCCAGACGCCCCGUCCCCAUCCGCCCUCCUCCUGCAGGAAGCAAAGUGCUCUGAAGUCUAAACCUCUUUUCAACUCCAAAGGAUUGCGAUGGCAUGUCGACAGGCACUGGGAUGGUCAGAUGGAGAAGUGAUGCGGCCAGAGUCGAAGCCCUGCUCCCGGCUGAUGCGUCACACUGCUGGUAUCUUCUCCGUUGGUGGCGCCCUUGCUUCCUGGGUGCUCUGUCGCCUUCACUAUGGUCCAAGGAUAACAGUUCCUAGAAGCCUGAGGUGGGCAUCUUGUGGAGCAGUCUGCACGAGCUCGGCUUCGGCCUUUCUUGUGCGGCUCUUAAGCCCCGAGUGCGAACCGCAGAACAUAGCAGCUUAUGACAGACCUGAACGCGGUGCGCUUGCAUAGGUAGUAGCAUCAUGAAAUUUCAGCUGGAUUCCCAGUGCGAGUUGCUGAUCCAGGCUAGGAGAUCGAGGCUUUUUCUGCCUCGUGGUACGUGCAUACUGUGAAGCCUGAACUUUGUGGCCUCUGCAUUUCCUUCACUGUCCGCAUCGGUUUGUCUCGGAAACUAUGAUUUAGCA